AUGGGUGGAGUGUACACGCGAGUGCACAGGCUCUCGUCGUUGCGACCAGGGGAUCACAUUUGCAUCUGGGACUACAGUCGAUGGCCGUUUUCGUACCAGCACCACGGGAUCAUUUGGGCUGCAAGCGACCACGUCGUCGAUAUCCGUGUCUGUCACGUCUGGAGUCCUUUACAGAGCUACCGAGAAGCUCAAGCAGACUCGUGUUUCCGCAUCUCGACACUCGAAGAGUUCCUCUACAACCGAAGCGUCCACGACCUCCGACUUGUAGAGCAUCACACCUCAGCCUUCCGAGACUUUUGCUCGAAAUGGGGCGAAGUACAUCGUGGGAAAUCGGAUCUCCCGGAAGUGGUGCUAGCCCGAUGCAAGUUCCUACUAGGCCUUGGCAAAGGCGACUUUAACAUCUUUACACAAAACUGUGAACAUGCUGCUCAUUGGUGCAAGACGGGUUACCAGUGGUCAAAGCAGCUACUGACCAAGGCGGGUGGCCGCGUCCCUUUUGAGAAACGACUGGCAAAAGAAGACGUGGAUGCGCUCGAACAGGAGAUCCAAGCGAUCAAAGAAGUCUCGCGGAUACUUGCGAACAAUGUGCUCAAACUAUCUGGAUCUACUGUCUUUCUUCGGGUUAAGGAUGACAAGUACCUUCGAAUCAGGGAAGAUGGCUGCCACGUCGAACUUGCGUCUCACUUUACGGAGGUUGAUACCGGAGACCGUACCACGUUUCGACUCGAGUGCUACUCGAAGGCGUACAAUUGCGUGAAAGUGUCGUUCUUCCAUGAAGAGUCGGGUCGCUACCUCUUUAGUCGCUCGACGUUCUCGUGCUUCCGUGACUUGCGCAUGAAAAAGGCAAAUUGUCUACGAGGGACGUCCGGGAUGCGAUGGGAGUACUCAGUGGGUAGUGGGGGCCACUUGAAUAGUAUGAACCAGCACCGCCGGUACAUUGGCGUGCGUGACGAUGGCUUGGUAGUCGACGUCAGUCUUCGUGAACACGCCUUGAGCUUUGAGUUAGUACCGGUGAAAGCCACAACUUGGGGACGUGUCGAGUCGAGCGUGCCCCCACCGGAUCUAAAGCUGCUCGAACGUUGUUACGACCAUGCGAAGAACGUGCAGGAGACGAGGUCGCAAAGUAUGCUCGAAUUGGAGGACGAACGACGUGGACUCGCCGAGAUGAAGGACCCCGUGUGA